AUGGCUGCCUCAAUGGUCUCAACCACCGCCCCCACCGUCGGCCGCUCGGCUUCGGCUCAGCCCGUCGUCUUGUCUCCCUUCCUCGGCGCCCGGUCGACCGGCGCUUUUCCCGGCACCCCCAAGCACUUCGACAUCACCAGCAUCACUAGCAACGGAGGCAGAGUCAAGUGCAUGAAGGUGUGGCCCACAGUUGAUCUGAAGAAGUUCGAGACACUGUCGUACCUUCCUCCCCUCACCACGGAGCAACUCAUCAAGCAAAUCGAUUACCUUCUCAAGCAAAAACUCAUUCCUUGCCUCGAAUUCGAGCUGCAGCACGGGUUCCCGUACCGUGAGAACAACAGGUCUCCCGGGUACUAUGAUGGGAGGUACUGGACCAUGUGGAAGCUGCCCAUGUUCGGUUGCACAGAUGCGGUUCAGGUCGUGAACGAGCUCAACGAGGCAAUCAAGGCUCACCCGGACGGCUUCAUCAGGAUCAUCGGCUUCGACAAUGUCCGCCAAGUCCAAAUCAUCGCUUUCAUUGCCUACAAGCCCCCGGGCUACUAG